CCGGGUUGUCACUUAGCUCUCAAGAUGGCGCCGACCUUGUGAACGAAAAUGGAUAGAGCUGAAAUGCACAUCUAAAAAGUAUUUUGUCAAUAAAAUUGAAGAACGAGAGCGACAUUGUGGGUGACGUUUAAGUAAAGCUAUCUUGUCUCUGUGAACGAAUCAUGUUCGCGUUUCUGAAAAACACGUUCUCAGGACUCACGAAGGGUUCACGAGUUACAGGUUCUGUGCAGAAUCAGAUGAAACUUGUUGUUGCCGGAAUGAAGACUUAUGAAGAGCCUCCAGAUUACAGUGGUGUGGUUCUACCUGACAGACCAAAGCUGAAGUUCAUAAAUAAGGUUCCAAAUUUUAAGAAGGCAAAGAAAGAGAUGAAGAAACUGAGAGAUAUCCGAGGCCCAGCACAGACAGCCAACACUUUUGCACGGGGCCAGUAUGGAAUUGUGGCUCUAGGUGGGGGGUACCUGCACUGGGGGCACAUUGAGAUGAUGAGACUGACAAUCAAUCGGCGGAUCGACCCGCGGACAACCUUCGCACGCUGGCGAGUGAACGCCCCCUACAAGCCCAUCACCCGCAAGGGCCUGGGGCAGCGCAUGGGCGGGGGCAAGGGUGCCAUCGACCACUAUGUGACACCUGUGCGCUGUGGCAGGAUGGUGCUGGAGCUGGGGGGGCGCUGUGAGUUUGGGGAAGUGGAGCCCAUCCUCACAGAGGUGGCCAAAAAGCUGCCCUUCCCGGCCAAGGUGGUGAGCAAGGAGAGCCUUGCAGCCAUGUAUCAGGAGGAGCGCGAGCGUGAACUCAACAACCAAAACCCCUGGACCUUCCAGAGAGUUGUCUCCACCAACAUGCUGGGGAUCCGCAAGGUACUCAGCCCCUUCGACCUGCGCCACAACGGCAAGUACGUAGGGAAGUUCCGCCUCCCGGGGAGGGUGUGACUGGCAACAGACAGGAUCACCACGAUCCUUCCAGAAACUGCUGCUCGAGCAGUGAGCACAAGGAUUGCAGAUCAGUAUUCUUGACAGAAGGGGAUCGCCACAAGGGUCUUCUAUGGAGGAAUCCUGGACUGUACCUGAACUGUGGAGGUUACAGAUUUUGUACCAGUUUCUGUGAAUAAGAAGUUUAAGGCAAUAAACUACAUUUCCAGCAGCAUAAUUCAGUCUUCAUGACAAAACAUAAAAAACACUCAUUUCCCAGUACAAAUAUGUACAUUUGCAUAGUGAAACAUAUUUCAAAUGU